CGCGCAUGCGCAGCCAGCCCAGGGGGCGGGGCGGGGGGUCCACCGCUGACCUCUGACCUCUGGCGGCGGCGGCCCGGAGCAGGAGGCGGAGGUUGGGGAUGUCGUGUUGAAGAGGGGACCAGGUGAAGAAAUCGCCAGGAAGUGAUGCCUGUUGAAAGUGGAAGCAGUGCAACUGCACGGCAGGUGAAACAGAAACGAAAAGCUCACACAAUCUCUAUCAGGAGAACAAACAGCACUGAGCAGGAACGUGUCACAUCACAACGCGACAUGCUGGAAGGACAGGGAGCGAUGAUGUCGGCUGUCUGUGAGGAAGUCUGUGGGCAGUCAGUGGAGGAUUCAAAAUUGCCACCAUCAAUUCGGCAAACGUUGCUGGAACUAUUUGGACAGAUUGAGCGUGAAUUUGAAAAUUUGUACAUUGAAAAUAUUGAAUUGCGAAGAGAAAUUGAAACCUUGAAUGAUCGCUUGACAGCUGAAGGCCAGACAGUAGAUGGGGGAGAUUUGAGCAAAGGACAGUUGAAGGCAAAAGCCAGUCACAGUACCAGCCAAUUAUCUCAGAAACUGAAAACAACUUACAAGGCCUCUACUAGCAAGAUUGUGUCAAGUUUUAAGACGACAACUUCUAGAGCGGUCUGCCAGCUGGUGAAAGAGUACAUUGGACACAGAGAUGGAAUUUGGGAUGUCAGUGUUACCCGCUUACAGCCUGUGGUUCUGGGCACAGCAUCAGCUGAUCACACUGCCAUGUUGUGGAGCAUUGAAACAGGAAAGUGCCUCUUGAAAUACGUGGGUCAUGCAGGGUCAGUGAAUUCAAUCAAAUUCCAUCCUUCAGAACAGGUGGCUCUCACAGCAUCAGGAGAUCAGACAGCUCAUAUCUGGCGAUACAUAGUGCAACUGCCCACCCCACAGCCUGUAAUUGACACAAAUCAAAUGUCUGGGGAGGAAGAAGUUGAUUUCUCAGACAAAGAUGAAGCAGAUGGAGAUGCUGAGUUGCCGAGUGAAAGCCCUACAAUCAGAGUUCCAUCAACUACACUCAAGAGUCAUCAGGGCGUUGUCAUAGCGGCUGACUGGUUAGUUGGAGGCAAACAGGUGGUCACUGCAUCCUGGGAUAGAACUGCAAACCUGUAUGACGUGGAAACUUCAGAGCUGGUGCAUUCUCUGACAGGUCAUGACCAAGAGUUAACUCAUUGCUGCACCCACCCCACUCAGCGCCUUGUGGUAACAUCGUCACGUGACACCACUUUUCGUCUCUGGGAUUUUCGAGACCCUUCGAUCCACUCAGUGAAUGUCUUUCAGGGUCAUACGGACACUGUAACAUCUGCUGUCUUUACUGUGGGCGAUAAUGUUGUAUCUGGCAGUGACGACAGAACUGUGAAAGUCUGGGAUCUCAAGAACAUGCGAUCUCCAAUAGCAACUAUUCGCACUGACUCAGCAGUCAACAGGAUAAGUGUUUCUGUUAGUCAGAGGAUUAUCGCACUUCCUCAUGACAAUCGUCAGGUUCGACUAUUCGACAUGUCAGGAGUACGUUUGACUCGUCUCCCCCGCAGUAAUCGUCAGGGUCAUCGGCGUAUGGUGUGCUGCACAGCAUGGAGUGAGGACAACCCCACAUGCAACCUCUUUUCUUGUGGUUUUGAUCGCCAAGCCAUUGGUUGGAAUAUCAAUAUCCCAGCACUUCUGCAAGAAAAAUAAGAUACCAUCAAGUGUUUCGGGAAAGACUUUAAAGAACUCCAUUCUUUAUCGUCUUACUAUGUUUCUAUUGCUAUUAAUGCUGUGAGUCUUCCAGCUAAGAAGAGUGUUGUGUGAUUGAUGUUAAAUGGCUUGACAUGCACAAUCCGCAUGUAUUGCCAAUGAAAAACUGCUUGGUUAAUAAACCAAUCUUGUAUGCAACUGUGCAUUUAUUAUAAAUAUUUCUUUGGUUUGUAAUUUAUGUGUCUGUGCUGGGCGUUAGAACUUGUUGACCUACUCAGAGCAAACCUUUAAAUAGUUUCACUGAAGUUAUAGCUGGAUACUGUCGCAACAUACGCAAGGCAUUUUUGUUUGGGAAAAAAUAUGAAACUGUGCUAAGUGUAAAUUAUGUGCAAGUUAUAGUAGUGUUGUUACUGAAAAUUCUACAUUUUUGCCUUAUGGCCUUCUGGAAAAAUUCACGGUUGGUAUAUAGCAAUUUUGACACAUCACACACUGAGGUGUUAUUCUUUAGUAGUAUCUGACAAUCACUUUAUUGCCAUGCAUUUGGAGAUAUGCAUUAGGUUUGUUCUCUAAUUUCAGCAGUGUCUGGAAUUUAAAAAAAAAAUGUUUCAGCUGUCACAUGAGUUGUUGGUAGUGUGCAAUUGAUAGAUGUGUAACUUAAUGUGAUGUAGAUAAUCAUGUGAUACCCUUUAUGGCUAGACCCCUUUAUGUAUUUGUCAAAGUGCACCCUGAUAUGGAAAGACUGCUGUUAAUUUCUUUUUGUAAGCAGUUUAUUCUAAACUUUGUGAUACAAGCUGAUAUUAAAUCCACAGACAGGUCCCUACCUCCAGCAUGGGAAAGGGAAAAAAUGGUUAGUGAUAUGGAGAUGUCAGGAUGCUUCAGAAAGAUCAGUAAAGUGCAGAAAGAAUAAUUCUGGUUAUGAAUGCUGUACUGAAUGUAAACACUUUGGUUGUAUGUGCAGAUCAUAUUUUAGUGUCUCUUGCAAUGACUAAGACAUUUGAACAUAAGUGCUGAUUAAGUUAAAUCAUUUAGAACCAAAUAUCUUGUAGGUUUAACAUGUUUGCAUAUUUUUUUUACAGUUAAGUACAACAAUGCUAGUUUUAAGUGAUUUAACCUACAGCUCUUUAAGAGACCAAUUACUACAGUGCCAUCCUUUGCCUGGCUUGCAAACCAGUUUUAUUAACCUUCAUUGGUACCCAGAGUUACUUGGAAUAAUCAGGUAUGGAUUUAAUUAUAAUGAAUUUUCUUUGAUUAAACCCAAAGAUUAGUGUUAUUUCAGAACUCCAAUCAAUUAACUGCAUAAUUCUGUCCACAUCUGCCAAUGCACAAUCUGGUGUUGUGAUGUUGGCUUUAGAGCAUUUAACGAAUGUCUGUUGUUACAGACAAAGUUCAUAAUGCAUUAAUGCUAACACAGGAGAUGUCCCCCCCCCAGGGAUUCGACAGUACUAUUUGAGUGGUUUGUUUUUCAUAUCUGCAAAUGAAUGGUUGAUGCUGAAGUCCACACAUGGAACUUCCUAUGAAUAGAUCAGUAGCAGGAUGCCAAGUAUGGUUAUGAUAACAGAACAAUAUAAGGCACUUUACAAGUACACCUCUGGGUAUUUUAUUGUUUAAGCAGCAAAUUGUUUUUGGCUAAACUGUAGGGCAUCCAAAAUGAUCAUCAUUGCUGUUCAGGCUUCUUAAUAGAAGUUUUUGUUUCCAUUUCUUCAAUUUACUGGGUUAUUUUUGGUAAUUCAAUGAAAAUGUGGUUAUUCAUUUCAUUAAAGAACUAAAUACGCAUAUUAUAAAUCACAUUUUAAUGCUCUGGGACUAUUGUUUCAAAUGCAGCACAGAAGUGUGACAACAGCUUAUGAGCAAGUAGAAUAUAUCCAGAUAUGACCAUAUCAUUAUUCAUGAGCAGUCAUAGAAGCUACCAAGGGUGUUUCUACAGCAGAAAAUAGAUUUGUUGCAAUAAAUUGCUGAAUCAGACAGUCAAUGAGGUUUCUACGUUGAUCUACUUGGAUUAUUGGCAUGCUCAUUUUUGUAAAGUUUGUUCAAAAUUGCUGCAUUGUGAAACAUGGGAAAAGUUGUCUUUCGUAAGAUUAAAAAUUAGUGCAUUACGUUUAGGGGAAAAAAAGACAUUGUACAUGUUUCAUGCACCAUAUAGUGUUUUUGCAAGUCUGUAUUUAAAUUUGAAACAACUGCGGAAUUAAAGGUGAAACACACUG